UAACUUCAAAAGUCACUUAAUGAACCCCAGCACGCCAACGUUUCGUUUAGGGUUGUGUGUGCUGAAUGACUGCACUGAAGCGGAGCUCCAAGAACUCAUUAAUGCGGUGGUCCCUCAAGAAGUAAUCCUCCGGGUUCACAACUGCGUCACUGGCGAAUUUGAGCCUCUCAGCAGAACACAGAUCAUCAUCACGUCAGUUUUGGGCACCAUUGCCGGCUUGAUUGUUCUCGGAACACUGAUCGAUGUACUGACAUCGAGGACGAAAGCGAAGCGAUCGAAGUGCGUAGCCUUGCUAAUCGAGACGUUCAAGGCCUUCUCCCUGGUGUCCAACACAAGAAUGUUGCUGAGUGUCGCAAAGGAUAAAGGCUCUGACUCAUACGGCUACCGCUUCCUGCAUGGCGUUCGCUUCCUCAGCAUCGCCUGGGUUGUUGUCGGCCACUGCUACGGCUCUCCGUCUGACACAUGGUGUUUCUAAACGUGCUCGACUCCCAAACGAGCACAAU